AGAGAGAGAUUUGAGCACCUGCCAAAUUGAUUUGUAUCUGAUUGAUCGAUGAGUGGCAGAAUUCUAGAAUCCAAUUCAAGACUAGCUUAUUCAUUAAUGUCUCCCAGUCAAGCAAAUGGAAGAGAUCAUCAGGUUCAAGCACCAACAAUUGGUAUACUCGAUGUCACAAAUCCAUGCCAUGUCUGUCCUUGUCUUCCUACCUCUGCCUAAGAGAUACUGCAGGAGAGUGGGAUUACUAAUUUAGCACUACCCACCAAGUCCAUAUGGCAUAUGCAAGUAUAACCACUGCAUCAAUAUAACAAUAACGGUAGGCGUAUUUGGGUUUGAGCUACUGACCGGAGCAGAAAGCUUGACUUUUAUCUACCAUUCCAUUUACAGACUACCCACUUCUAGACCCCAGACUUUUAGGUAAAAGCUAGCUUCAAUUUGACUUGGCUGACCUUCCGUACGUCGUUACAUUUCCUUUUCAUUUAAGACUGACUACUUGCCCGCCCUUUUUCUUUUCUGGACACUUUUCUCACAAUCUUCCUCAAAGAUUCAAAUCCCACAUCUAAUCUUUAGGUUCUUGUGCGCUUGUCACUCAAGGAGAAUGUUUAAUCGGAACAAGAAAUCCGCGGCUGAGGCCAAUGAUCUUACUGUCGAUUCGAAUUCGAGUCCAGGAAACAGUGACCCUCUUGCAGACAUUCCAAAGACAAAAUGGGAACGUCUUUGGCCAGCGAUGGCUUGCGGCUCAGGAUUAUUCUCUGAUGGUUACAUCAAUAACGUACGCUAAUCUUCUAUACUCCAAAUUCCUCAAGUAUAAAAGCAUACUAACGUUCUCCAUGCAGGUAAUCGGAUCGGUCUCUACCAUGCUCGGAAAAAUUUACGGAAAAACAUACACUGAAUCUGCCGCCGUUAAAAAUAUCUCUGCGAUUACAUUUGCUGGUACCGUUGCGGGUAUGAUCAUAUUUGGUUACACCAGUGACAAAUGGGGCAGAGCAAAUACACUUACGCUGUCUACGGUGAUUCUUAUCGUCUUUGCUGCUCUUGGCGCUGGUUCAUAUGGAUAUCAAGGAAGUACGGGGGGUUUAUUCGCGGCACUUGCUGCCUAUCGUUUCCUUGUCGGAGUAGGAAUUGGAGGAGAAUAUCCCGCUGGAUCUGUCGGUUGUUCUGAGGCUUCCGGAGAAUUAAAAGCGGGUACUCGAAACAGAUGGUUUAUUAUUUUCACAAACGUUAUGAUCGAUUGGGGUUUUGUUAUCGGAGCUUUUGUUCCAUACUUAUUGGUGGUCAUUUGCUCGGAAGAUCACUUGCGAGCUGCCUGGAGAAUUUCACUUGGUCUUGGUGUAGUUCCUCCAUUGCUCCUAUUCUAUCUUCGACUCAAAUUGAAGGAGCCAGAAGAAUUUCAGAGGUAUGUGCUAGGGUGUUGAUUAUUAUUAAACCUUGCUAAUUAUCAAUAGGGAGAGCAUGAAAAAUGUUAAAACCCCCUACGGCCUUGUGAUCAGAUACUAUUGGUUCAGACUGUUGAUAGUUUCGUUGAUCUGGUUCAUCUACGACGUAUGUAAAGAUUUAAUUUGUCGAGUUCAUUUACACUAAUACAUAGCAAUAGUUCUCCACCUAUUCAUUUGGUAUCUACUCCUCUAAGAUUCUCAGUAACAUUUACGGAGACUCAGCACCACUAUCUCAAUCGUUCGGCUGGAAUACCGUCAUCAAUCUCUUCUAUAUUCCUGGGGCUAUUCUCGGAUCCUUCUUUUCCGACUGGAUUGGACCACGAUAUGCUCUCGCGAUAGGAGUCACAUUACAGGGUAUUGUUGGCUUCAUCAUGUCCGGAUUGUACCCAGUAUUGUCCAAGGUAAAGAACGUUCCAGCUUUCGUAGUUGUAUACGGAAUCUUCCUCUCCCUUGGCGAACUUGGUCCAGGCGAUAACAUCGGACUUCUCGCAUCCAAAACCUCCGCAACUGGUGUGAGAGGUCAAUACUAUGCCACUGCAGCUGCUGUUGGUAAAAUCGGUGCUUUUGUUGGCACUUAUAUUUUCCCAUACAUUGAGGCAGCAGGCGGUGACGCAAAUGCUUCAGCACAAUAUCCAUUUUAUGUUUCGAGUUCUGGGUGUAUCCUAAGUGCCAUCUUGGCGCUUUGCUUUUUACCGCAUGUUGGGCAAGAUACUAUUACUACGGAGGAUCUGAGCUUUAGAGAGUAUUUGGAGAGUAAGGGAUGGGAUACUAAUCAAAUGGGAUUGAGAAAGGUAGAGAAUCUUGAGGAGGCUACGGCUAGACGUGAAGUUGGAGAGAAGCAGGAGGAGGUGGUUUCUUCUUCAUGAGUCAAGAAAAGAAAGAUAUACAUAAUGAAUGGGAUUGAAAGUCGAGUUUAAUUCAGAGGGUAAUUAGACAUGGAAAGAAAAGUAUUUACUGUAU